ACCCAAUCCACGUCGCCAUGCCCGCUCUACUUCGCCAUGCCACUGCACACACCUCCGCGCUCGCGCUCGCCCAGCGAUUCCGACAGCGACUUCGGGCCGCAUCCUAUUGUCGCGUGGCUUGAAGGCUUGCUAUUGCCAUCGCCGCCUCUGUAUUCGUCGAAGCGGAAGCAUGCGCUUAUUAUGACCGGCCAUCAGCCCGAUGCAAAGCGUCGCAGGACGGGCGAUCAAAACGAGGCAGAGGACGAAGAAGAGGACCUCGACAGGACGCCACGAGCGGAUCGGUUCAAUCUCCAAUGCGGGAAGAAGAAAAAGAAGAGCACGAAAUCUACAACGUCGGCAUUAACGGACACAGGAGAUAGCGUUUCGGUAGACUCAGGGCGGUCCGUCAAGCAGAUCAGCGAUACGUUAUUCGCGUUUGAGCCGAUCGUCGGCAGGGACUACGAUCCAAAAGACUUGCCAGUAAGACUAGCGGAUAUAUUUAAGCGGGUCAAGCUCUUUAGCAUUAGUCGUAGUGUCUUGCCUAACCGGCUCAAGGCCUCUAACCCUCCUCUCCUCCCCGACGACCCCGAUAAUGAAUACCUUGCCUUCGACAAUGAUAACUCCCGCGACCUCCUUGGUCCGAUCCCCAACCAAGACACCGUCGACCGUAUCUUGCGCCGUACCAAGGUAUCCCAUAACCACUGCGAAGCUGAAUGGAAUUGCCGGAUACAUACCGCCAUCCUGUCCGCCGCCUUUGAAAACCUAACAUUUGACGGCAUUAUCGACUUCCUCAACUGCAGCGUAGCGAAGAUUGAAAGACGCCUGCUCCCACAAUAUGGCAGCCAGAAGACACGUAAUGUCGACUUUGCAGUCGUGCUGCAGAUGGAUACGCAGGAGGCGAAUUCCGUGAACGCGCUCGCGGCUUGGGACACGGAUUUCUCUAUUAAUCAAACAUUGUACUCGCCCCUGAGACGUGCGCCUAUCGCUAUAAGCUUGGAGAUAAAGCCUGCAGCCGAGCAGUGGCGGUCCGCGGAGCUGCAGGUGGGUAUCUGGGUCGGGGCUUAUUUCAAGCGGCUACAGGAGCUGCUUGCUAUGCACGAGAAGCAAGAAGAUACUAUGGAACCGCUUUCUGCGCUGCCGCUGCUAGUCGUUCAAGGCUCGAAGUGGCACUUCCUCAUAGCGGAGCGUAAGCGUGGGGAGGGCAAGCAGACCACGAUCUGGGGCCCCAUCCAGUUUGGUGACUCAUGCAAUGAGCUAGGCGUCUACCAGAUUAUUGCAACUCUCCAAUACCUUGGUAAAUGGGCAACGACAGAGUACCGCGAGUGGUUUGACAGGAAGGUGCUUCGUUUACCUGUAGCGGGCUCUGCUGCUGCGGCUUCUAUAGUAGACUCUGUCAUAGACACGGAGCCGCGAGCGGGCGGAGGACUUGAAACCAAUAGCUUAGUAAAAGACACAGAGUAGGAUAUGCAGCUGGACGCUAACUCGGGAGCAGAUAGCUAUACAACUAGGGAUAGAGAUAAAGAAUGGUACUAUCCUUUUCAGGAUAGAUUCUUAGGGUCAUAUAUAGUACUCCACCUCG